UUCACAACCAAGCAUUCGAGAUAUAUACAUAUACGUAUAUACUACUAUAUAUACGGAAAAAACAGCCCUUCGUUUCAGCUUAAAACUAGAGCAAACACUAUUAAAACCUUUUCCUCCGUUAGAGGAAUCCAACAAAAGAAGAAUCAUUAAAAAUGAUCGUCAAAUGAGGGGAACAAGCUCGCCGGAGUUUCGCCGGGCUAAGCUUCAUAACGGGAAACGGAGGAGAAGAAGGAGCUGCCGUCGCCGCCAGUCCACUGCUGACAAUUUCCUUCUUGGAAAGAUUCUACUACUCCCGCCGUUCCACUCGUCAGUCAUUAGAAAGGAUGGGGAAAUCGGAUAAAUAAUUAAAAAUAGAAUUAGUGACUGAUUAUAUCAAAAAGGUGAUUACUUAAAGACCAGAAUAGCAGAGGAGAAUUAGAAGCAUCAUGUUCAUAGUCUUAUCAUAUUCAUAUCGCGAUGGUUUGGGCUCAGUGAGAAGUGAUAGUGUGGUUAGAGUAUUGUUACUCGUUCCUUCUAUUCAGUCAGACCUUCAAAACAUGUUGAUUGAGAAGCUUCCAGAAUACUUUGAUCUCGACGCUGGUGGAACAGGACACUCCAGAUUUGAAGAUGACAUUGCCAGGCUAAUACUGAAACAAUUUCGGUGGCUGGACUUCCUUGCGGAUUCUGAUGCAUUUAUUGGUCAAUUGUUACAAGUACUGUCAAUUUGCCCCCAUUACUUGAAGAGGGAAAUCAUUGGAUCUUUGCCUGAGAUUAUAGGAGACCAAAACAACAAAACUGUGAUAGAUUCACUCCAUCAUAUGCUUGAAGAGGAUCCCUCUAUUAUUAUUCCCGUGCUUGACUGUUUCUCUUAUCUGCAUUUGGACGAGACCAUGAAAGAGCAGGUUGUUACCAUAGGAUUGUCCUGCAUUAGAACAGCUGAUAUGGAGAAUAUGCCAUACCUUCUCAGAUUCUUAUUGCUCUCUGCCUCACCUGGGAAUACCCGUCGGAUAAUAUCACAUAUUCGGGAACAGUUAAAAUUUAUUGGUUGUCAAGCAACACAGCAGAAUAAAAUGAAAGGGAAGUCUAUUUUAAAAAAUGGGGAUGCUUCAAUUCUUGAUGCUUUGAGAUCAAGUCUUCAAUCUAAUAAAAUAAUUUGUCAGGAAACACUUAAAGAACUAAAAAGCCUCGAGAAAGCCCGGGAUCAUAAAGCCAUUGAUAUGUGGCUCCUUGUUUUAAUUUACAUGAAUAGUGAGUCUUUGCAAAAGAGUAUUGAGAAGUUACUGAAGAAGAAAGUUGUCGAAGGGUUUAUUGAAAAAGUGUUAUUUGAUCAAUGUGUUCGUGGGAAUAAGGCUGUAGCACAGGAUUAUCUUCCCACAUUUAUCUCCAUGUCUGGGUACUUAUUGGGGUGUAAAGAACAAAAAGCACAGGAUUUUGGCAUUCAUAUGUAUAAAUGCUUAUUUGAAGAGUUUGCCGAUGUCUAUUCAAGGCAGGAACUUUUAGGAGCACUUGUCACUCACGUGGGCUCUGGGAUAAGUCAUGAAGUGACCUCUGGUUUGCAAGCCAUGGCUCUCCUUGCCUCCAAGUACUCCUAUGAGUUGAUUCCUCUCUCUUCUUAUAUAAUGGGUAUAUUGGAUUAUACUGAAGGGUUUAGUCUUGAAAACUUGCACAAGGUCUAUGAAGCUUUCAGCCAUCUUGCGCUUUCAGCAAGAUCUAAUACGGGGUCCAGAUCUUCUAUUUCUAAUGAACUUCUAAUGAUUGUAAGAAAGCAGGUGUCCAAUCCUGAUUUUAAGUAUAAAAAGAUGGGCAUAAUUGGGACGGUCAAGAUAGUUCACUAUUUUGGAGCUAACGUGAUCAACUCCUCCCAACCCUCUUCUCAAAAGUCAAAUCUUGAUGAAGCUCUGGAGCUUUUGCGAACAUCUUUGGAGUAUUGCAAACAAAUGCCAUUGCCACUAAUUAUGUUUUAUGAUGAAUUGGUUUUGACAUUGAAAAGCCAGGCUAUCCAUCCAUCCAUCACAGAAUGGAUUGCCAAACAUGUAGGAGAUUUUGAAUCAAAAUAUCUGUCAGAUCUUGAUGGUGGUCAGCUGCCUAAUAAAGAGUUAUAUUGUGAUUUGGAAGGAGAGUUGUGGAUGAACCUGGAUGGAGAUAUAUCUCCUAUAUGUGUUAACUUCUUGCCACUUGUUUCCUCUUUAUUGCGGUCUGCUCCUUCAUUGCAAAUAUUACCUGCAAAUAUCAAUUUGCUUUCUACAAUUGAGAGAUUAACAAAUCAAGGAUCACUCUUAGCCAUUGAUGCACUUCUUGGCUGCCCUUUGCACCUCCCGUCAUCCAAGGUUUUUUCUGCACCUACUUGGCAGUCAUUGGAUGGUAAUCAAAAGAGAAUUGUGAUUCUUUCGUUGUAUUAUGCUGCUAAUUGGAUUCGAGAACUGCUCAAUGCCUUCUACUCACAAGUUACAAACAGAUGCAAGUGUGUAAGCCAAGAGACCAAGGACGAGACGAAUAUUAAACUAUUCAAGCGGUUAAGGAAUCUCAUAUUCUUGGAGAGCUUGCUAAACAAUUGUCUCAGACAUUACCCAUUAUCCCUGCCAGAACUCUGCCCUCUGGAUCCUAUAUCACUGAGCUCAUUUCAGCACACUAGGUCUAGGAAUUAUGACAGGGGCAAAGAGUUUACUAAACAUGAAGGAAUUUCAUCACAAAGUAAAGGAAAGAACAAGAAAAAGACCCCAAAUGUAUCAGCAAGCUCAAAACAGGAACACCUGAAGCAGCAAACUAUAACAGAUAUGUUGAGAAAAACAAAUGUUAUGCCUAGCCCAGAAGGGAUAACUGACGAUAUAUCUGGAAUCUGCUCAAAGGGAAGUAUGCCAGAGUUGUGUGGGAGUAAUCAAAAUAACCUCAUUUCCCCAUUUAACAUAGAUAUAUCUUCCGCUGCAAAGUUACUUGAACCUCAGAGACACAAGUUCAGACCUCUUCUACCCGAGUGUUUUUCCAUAUUUGUAUCAUCGAAGGAUCAAGGCUCAUGCUGUAUGGAUCCAGCUGCUGAGUUACCACUUCAUCUUUAUCUCAUACGUGAUCUUAGCAAAAAGCUGGAUUACUUUAGUCCCGAACAGAAACAAACAGCGAAAUGCACAAGUCUCCCACCCAGUCUGGGCUGCAUGAAUGUAAUGGACUUCUUAAAUGAUGUUCGCUUGAUGUUUCCCUCUCUUAAAAAAAAUCUUGAUCUGGUGCUUUGUAUUCUUAGAGAAGAUACUGAAAUAUGUCAAGAUCAUUGGAAAGUUCAAUCCGCUGCGUCUGGGAACCCAGAUGUUACAAGCAUUCUUUGUUCCACACCAAAAGUUUCCUACAGUGUUUUUAAGGAGACACUUUGCUGCUUUGCAAAGAUGGUAAAAAUUCCAGAGAUUCAGAGGGAAACACUAUUCCUAAUGGAUCUAUUAGAGGCCUUCCAGCCAACAAGAAUUCCAGAUUGCUUCUUUCUGGGCGUGCAACAUAUUCCCUCUCCUGGGAGCAUAGGUUAUCUAUAUUCUGGUGCAUAUUCUUUCAUUGAAGGAUCAUUUAAUGCAGCAAGUACUAUUUCUUUUACACAAUCUACAGAGGUAGUGCUAACUUUAGAAGCAAUAAUAUUAUCAAUCCGGAAGAUUGUAGAUGGAGGUUUAGACGAAACUGGGAAAAACAUUCAAAAAGGAUUUACGGAAGAGUUUAUCCCAUUCUUAUGCAAAAAGCUGGGUACCUCUGCCAAAGAACUCUUGAUUCAAAAGUAUGAUAGUAGAAAUAUCGAAGAGGAUUCGAAAACCAGACGAGAACUUGUCCAAAAGAUUCUUCGCAUUUACUUGGAAAAUUGCCAAUCCACAUAUGAUUCUCUUGAUGAGCUUGCCUGCUUAAUCUCAUCCCAGGUGGCUUCUCACAGAAGUCAGGAAGAAGAUAGUUGUAGCUUUCCAAGCCUCUGUCCCACAACGUUCAUUGCUUGGUAUCGGGUGAUGCAUGAACAGAAUGUUGUGGCACUAAAUAGAUUGGUAAAGGAAGUUUGUCAACUGGAAAAAUCCAAAGCAGGUGCCAAUAUGGAAGAUGUGGAACACCUACUGAACAGGCUGCUGCAAUCUGUUAAUAUUGUGGUGUUGUUAGUUAGCAUGUGUAAAACUCAUGAUAAGGUUGGUGUUCAUGCAACGGCUGUCAAGUUCAGCGGGAAGUUUUUUGAUUCCUUCCUUAAAGUUUUUGGUUUUUUGCAGGCUCAAUUUCAGUUGCAUGGUGAACGAAUAAUCCAACUGGUUAAAGAACUUCAGAAGGCAACAAGAACCAUACAGACACUAUGCUCUGAAGCAAAGGGCAUGAAGCGAACUGCUAUAACAAGCAAUGUUCCAUAUACAAAGAGAUCUAUGGAGCGCUUCCUCUUUCACGUCAAGGCUCUCCUUCAUUCAAAAACAAGUGGAUGCACUUUUUGGAUGGGAAACUUAAAACAUAAAAACUUGUCCGGGGAUGUAGUGAGUUCCCAAGCAUAUAUAGAGAAGGAUGAGAAUGAAGAAGUGAAUGAUGAUCAUGCUGAAAAUACAAUGGAUGAUCAACCGGAAGCUUGAUGCUAAUGAUUAAUUAUUGGACAGACCUAAAAAAUCACUUAUCUGUUUUUAUCUCAUUUCCUGAAACCACCACUCAUUGUCAUCACCACCGGAAACCACCACUUCCAGAUCAUGGUAUGCAGCAGAAGUAAGUACAAGGAAAAACCGCAACCCCUUCAUCAAGGCCUCUUCCCUUUGCACCCAAAACAGUCUGAUAAGUUGAGACUUGAGACAUGCAAGUGUAUGGGUAAAAUGCAAAGUACGAUGUUAUGCUUCAGAGCUCUUGAGCAUUUCAAGAAAAUAAAGCCUAUGCAUGUAAGUAUGAAGCAG